AUAUUGUUGUGUGUCUAUUCUAAUAUCAGGAAAUGGUGCAUAAUAAUGACGGCCAAGGGCAGUCGGAGGGGCGCGAGUACGGUCAUGCUGGCGCUCCAUCUUUGGGAUACCCGAAGCUUCUCGUCCCAACUGACCGCUCAAUUCAACUGCCGAGUUUCAGGCUACAACGCCAGGGACAACAUUGCUGCUUGCACCUCCCUUCUCGCCGCACAUCGGACAAACCAAAGCUCCUCUGCUGCAGCACUAGAAGGACCCCAAAAACCGCCUCAAACCGACGUCUUCAAAGGCAUUAUUGACUUGAAAAAAUCACCGACUAUCGCCAAAAGCAAAGCUUCAUUUUUCGCUGUCGAAGGACCUGAAGGUUCCUCAAGCAUCUUGAAGGAAGACAAGAAUCAAUUUGAUUGUGCGAAAUUGAAUAGCGUUUCUUCUGCCCUCGUGAAAGAGAAUAACGUUCAUUGCAGUUCAGGCAAAGUGAUUAGCUUUUCGUCUAUCCUUGUGACGGUAAACAGGGAUUAUUGUUGGCUUCCUUCUGUUCUCGGGUAUCCGUUAGACGACGAAAGCAUAGGUUGUAGUUUUUUAACAAAGCUCAAUACCGUAGCUUUAAAUAGUGAAGAAGUUAACACUGUGAAACAGAAGUUAAAGAUAGACCCUGAAAUCUUCAGCCUUGACAAGGCCUCGUUUCAGCCUUUAUUCAAUAGAAUCGUCAACCUCAUAGACGUUGAAACUCUCCUGGCCUCUGGUUUCAUUAGUGAGAGUAAAUUUGCCUUUGCCGUAUUAUUAAAAGGCAUUGCAGUUGGAAUCUUAUCGGAUGUCCAAUAUUUUAAUAAAAUAUCAAAGCUCAGUCUUGUAAUUUCAGGCAGCAUCACGUUGUCAGCUAGACAAGGAUCAACCGCCAACAUUUAAUCUCGAUUCUUAUUGUUGCUCUUAUGUACUUCAUUAGUAAAAGUUUAGUUGCAAGUAUCGCAUUGA